AGUACACGUUGCACUUUUGUUACAGUAGCUAUUAUUUAUUUAUGUGUAGCAAUAUGUUUCGUGAAAGUUUAGAACGAUUCCACGGCAGUUUUGAGUGAAAUAGACAGUGCUAAACGGAUUUGGAUCGGGGGUGACAAAACUUUGUUCAAUUUAAAGUUGAAACCAUAAUGAGUGCUACAAUGUUUACAAAAAUCCCAGAAACGACCAAAACUAAAAUUCCUGUUCCUGCCAGUCCCACUCCGCUACGUAGACAUAACAGUCUUCGCUUGAGGGGUGAAAAACCCUUUACUUAUCCGAUAGGGAAGCGGCGUGAUGAAGAAAACAACAUUAUUAUAGCCAAGGAAAGCCCAGAUCAGAACCACACGGCAAGCAAGGAUCGCAACCACAAUAAUCGAUUCUCCUUUUCGGAAACAACGCACCACCAGUCCUCGUUCAACCCUCCUUUACAACGGGGGCGAUCGUUCAUGGAGAGGAGCGACCGGGGGGUACAACAUGGAGCUAAGAGACCGGAAAAUAUGAAAAUCGGGAAUCGAAGUCCCGUAGAGGUGCUAAAAGGUGGUACUACCCCAGUAUCGCCCAGUAGAGUGAGAAGUCUGUCCUUAUCUUUAACCAAUGCUAGACAAGGAAACCAUAGUUCUAAAUCGCCUUCAAUAAUCACUUCCUCUCCGAACCGUCAAAUUUCUGCCGAUUCGAGAAAUUUUUCGACUGGUGCUAUAGAUAAUUGGGAUUCAGAAAGCGUAACUAGUAUAGGAAGCAGUGUGGCGUCUUGUGACCAUUCCAGUGUAGCUUGGAACGGUACAACUUUUUCAGGAAGGAGCAUGAAGUAUGUUUUUCAUUGCAAUCAACACGCCGGAGCAGUAGGAGAUGAAUACUUAACGCCGACACAAAGAGCUCAAAAGCAAGUAAAGAAACUCAAAUACCUCCUGCAGCAAGCUCAGAAGGAUUUAGAAGAGAAAGAUAGUGAUAUUUUGAAAUUAACCAAAGAAGUAGUUGAAUUGAGAUUGUAUAAGGCUGCCCUAAGUUCGCCAGAAGACAAAUCAAAUUCGAGUGAUGCCGUUACGGUUAGAGAAAAUAACAGUAACGAAACAACUCCAGAUGAUGCUGUAGAUGGAUUAUCGAAUCACAUAGCGAGCGACCUUCAAACGUCGUUUGCCGAUUCCGGCCAUUUUGAAGACUGCACCAGUUCGUCCGUUUAUUCUAAAGAUUCUGUGUUAUCAGAAGAAUGUAGAACGCCUAGUAAAUCGGGAAAAUUAGUAAAAUUAGAUAAAUCCACAUCAACAGAUCAAGAAAUCGAACACAAAAAGAUAAUCGAGGAAUACGAGAGGAGAUUCCAAGAGUUGAUCAAAACGCACGAGGAAGAAUCGAUUCAAUUGAAACAAAAACACAACGAAAAGAUCGAAGAACUCCUGCAGAGGAUCAGCGAAAUAAACGCUAGGUAUUGGCAGAUAGUUCCUGAAUUAGAAGAAGCCAAAGAAAGGAUCAAAGAGCUCGCUCAUCAACUAGAGGAGGCUAGCAAGAAGUUGGACGAGCAAAACGCCGAGGCGGAGAAGAGUGCCAAAUCGGAAGAACUUCUUAAUCGGAGUGAGGAGUUGGUUAAGCAUCACAAUAAGAUAGUGGAACUGGCCCAACAUCCAAGCCGAGUAUCAGUUCCAGAGCUACUAAAUGAACUACAAGUAACAAGAAAUGAGCUAGAGAAUAUAAGAGACGUUGAGUAUGCAACAACUUCUAAUAAUUCACAGCCACUUUUGAGUGCUAAAGAGGCACUUUCUUUGUGGGUACUUGGUGCAAGAAAGGCGAUGUACCGGCAGCUGAUGGAAGCCAAAAACAAAAACAAAAUAGACCCCGAAAUCACGUUACAAUUUUUAAAAUCAGCCGUUUACUAUUUCCUUACCGAUAAAGAAAAUAGCCAAGGUCAUCUUAAGGCCAUCCAAAGCAUCCUAGGAUUUUCCUCCAAUGAAAUUUCGAGUAUAGAACGGGCUAGACAAACCUAACAAUUUAAAAAUAAUUAGUGCCUAAAUAUAGUUAUAUAUUUAUUGAAUUUAAAUCUUUAUGAAAUUGUUAAGAAUUAAGUAUUAUUUAAAAAAAUGUUUCUAAAGAUAUAAAACGUAGGUUAUUUGCUUACUAUUCGACAAACGGAAAUGAAAGGUAAGGCAAGGUUUGGUAGGCCAUCAUUGGCCUCGUAUGCCAGACAGCUACCUGCUACAAGAUUUCCCGCUGAACCAUGAACUAUCGGCCGGACUGUUCCAAUGAAGACUCAAGGCUCCCUAAAGAACUAUCGCAUGACAUUCAUCUUCUUUUUCAGUCUCACACAUUUCUACACUCUAGAAUAUCAUAUCCUACCCCCUCUCUCACACAAACACACCCUCUGUCACUAUUUCUCUCUUUAUAGUUUAUACCUCUCUCUCUAUCUCUUUAUACCUGACUUUUGCACCUGGACAUUACGUAUCUCAUUUUUACCUGUCCUUCUAUUUUUUUUUCUUUAAAUAGCAGCAUCUCGUUCACAAUUUCCAAAAUUAAUUAAAUGGACCUGACUCCCAGCUCCCUUUCUAGUCGGUCGCCUAGCUACCACAUACUAACAAACAUAGUCGUGGACAGUGUUCGAAAUUGUCGUUUCCGACCUUACCGAACCUUUUUUUUCGUCUUUAUAGAGGGGGUCUGGAAUCUUCAAAAGACAUCUCAGUCCAGGACAGCGCCUGACUGACCAGCUGCCUUUCUUUCUCUUCUUUUUUAUUGAUCACUGCACGGAUAUAGUUAUGUACGCUACCCCAACCUGUUUUAUUUUAAAUCAUUCUCUCACUGUACCAAAAUUCACACUUGUUUCAUUUUCCAUUCUGUUCCUUUCUACUAUCCAUCUGUUGCAAUCUAACACCGUAUGUGUCACAGUGUCCGAGUGUCCACAAUAUAGGCUUUCAUCUGGGUCAACCUUUUCGACUCUAAGGAGGUAGACACUAAAACACCCGUGUCCUGUGACCACCUGAUUCAGAAAAUAAUCCAGUCGUCUGUGGCCAUAGUCCACCCAAUCUCUUAUGUUCGGUAUCAGCAUUUUCCUCCACUGUGUCAGUUCCUCCGUGUUCCAUUCUUCUUGCCAUCUUUCAAUUGACCUUUCCCUUUCCUGUAUUCUCUCGGCCAUAGUAAGGUUUGGUCCUCUUCUCUCAUACAGCUCUUUUUUUCCACCUCCAAAACAUGCGGAAGACAUCCAGUGAUGGUCCAUAAGGCUGCCGCAGACACAAUCCUGUAGGCGCAUGCCACUCGCAACAGACUUAUUCUGUCCACUCGUGUCAUGAGCCUCCCAUAGGCCGUUAUCUCUAUGCCAAUGUUACGCAUCACCCUCCCCAACGCAGCUGCACUAUUCGCAAAUUUCCGAGCCACCUCCCGCACGUGCUCCCCCUAUAUUCCAUUCUGGUGCAAUGUCACUCCUAGGUAUUUUACGUGUUUCUUGGGUGUUAAACAUGUUACCGUACGUUGUAAUUCAACACCUUGCCUGUUCCUUGUCCCCUUCAGAAUAAUGGCUUCGGUUUUCUCUGUCGCAAGUUUCAGUCCGUGCUGCGUCAUCCGUUUCUUUACGACGCAGCCUGCGUUCCGAACCCGGUAUUUGAGAUCUGGCUCAUCCUGGGCCCCUACCAAUACAGCGAGGUCAUCCGCGAAUGCGAAGAGCACAGUUCAUAACUCCGUCAUAUGCCAGGUUCCAUAGCGUCGGGCCCGAGAGAGAUCCUUGGGGGAUCCCCGCCGUUACGUCCACGAUCGUGCCAUUUUCCACCAUGAUCCUCUCAAAUAGAUACUACGUCACCACAUUUAUCAGGUAACCAGGACAUUCUAUCUUCUCCAUUGCCUCGUUCCAAUGCAGCGUAUUGGAUGUAUUCCUAACAUCGAAUAACAGCAGGGCCCUCCAGCGAUGUUCAUCCCCUCUGUUACGCAAUGAAUUGCCUCCGAGAUAAACCUGACAAGAUGUGGUUGGAUAAACGUGUUAAUAAAGGAAAGAAUAUUCGAGAGAAGAAAUGAAGAUAUACCAAUUUAACGUCUAAAAAGAAGAAUAAGCACGAAUAAGUUCACGGGGAGUGAACGAAUUCGUUGAUUAUGAACCUGAAGAAUAGAGUGAUUUGAGUAACACAGUUUUGAUUACUUUCUGACGUAGAUGCUCAGACAAUAUGGAUGUUUCGGGUAAUAUGUAGGCAGGUUCGGUAAGGCAUUGGUACUGCAUUAGUUCUGUAGGCACUGUCAGUAUGGUGAGAUGCCUUCUGUACCUUCUGUACGACUAUGUUAGGACCUUCUCGUUCCAGACGUGGACCAGGUAGAGCACGAUCAAUUGCACAACAGAAUAAAGAAACCGUCUCCUUUCGGAUUUGUUCCUCUCAUGUUUCCGGGGUCCUACGAAUCAUCUCCUGUACGUGCUGCUCUAAUCUUCUGUUUUUAUUCAGAUUCGAAUUUCUUUUGGUUUCUGGUUUGUGGUUUCUUGACGACUAUGGCCUCGAUUUAUACAUUACAUAUGUAACCAGCUCAUACUCAUGUCUCUUAUCUACUCUUCGACUUUGUCGUAUGUGCACACCCAACUUUCGAUAAAAAGUAAAGGGAUCUUUAAGAAUUACAUAAUUCAACCUUAUAUCCAGCAGUAACUGUAACUGAUAUCAUUUGCCCAACGGCUUUACUUUUAUAUCCGUUUAAAAAUUAGAUAUUUUUAAUAAGCUAAAUCAACAUUUUUGGCUGUAUUUCAAUAAUUACUUUUUAUAUUUUUUUAUAUAGACUCUGUUUAGAUAGACAAAUUAUUUCGAAGCAAUAACAGGAGCUACUUAACGGAUAUCAUUUCUUACUUCACCUGAAACAGUCUAUUUUUGUUAAAAAUUUUCAAUAAAGUUGCAUCAAGGCAUU